AUGAUGAUGAUUCUAAUUCAGAUUCAAACUGUCUUCUUCACAGGAAACAACAAAGAGCUGAGGAUCGUGAUGGUGGGGAAGACUGGGAGUGGAAAGAGCGCUUCUGGAAACACCAUUCUGGGUCAAGAGUGCUUUGAAUCCAAAUGCAGACCCAAAUCCUUGACCAUUGAAUGCUCCAAAGUCUCCAGUAAUGUGGAUGGACAGCAGGUUGCUGCCAUUGAUACUCCAGGUCUGUUUGACACCAGAUUUGGAGAAGAUAAAACCAGAAAAGAUCUGAGUCAGUGCAUCUGCUUUGCUUCUCCUGGACCCCACAUCUUCCUGGUGGUCGUUCCAAUCGGUAGAUUCACAGAAGAAGAAAAACAAACAGUGCAAAUGAUUCAAGGAAUCUUUGGAGAGGCAGCAGACAGAUACUGCAUGGUUCUGUUUACUCGUGGAGAUGACCUUGAAGGCACCAUUGAAGAUUAUUUGUCUGAAAACCCAGAACUGAAGGAUCUGGUGUCCAGAUGUAACAACCAGUAUCAUGUCUUCAACAAUAAGCUGAAAGAUAAGAAACCUCAGGUCACUGAGCUGCUGGAGAAGAUCAGAACCAUUGUUGACAGGAAUGGAGGAAGUCACUACACCAAUGACAUGUUCCAAGAGGCUGAGAGGGAAAUCGAAGAAGAGAAACAACGAAUCCUGAAGGAGAAAAAAGAAGAAAUACGUAAAGAGAAAGAAGAAAUGGAGAGAAAAAUACAUGAAAAGUAUCAGAAAGAGAUUCAGAAAAUGAAUGGACAAUUCCAGGCUGAGAGAGAGAGAGAUAGGUUGGAAAGACAGAUGGAGAGGUUGGAGAGAGAGCAGGAAAGAGAGAAAUGGAGGAAGGAGGCAGAGGAGGAGAGGAAGAGGAUGGUGGAGGAGAUGCAAGAGGAGAGGAGGCAUGAAAUGGACAUGAGAAGGGCAGAGAAAAUGGAGAGAGACAGGGAACAAAUGGAGGAGCAGAAGAACAGAGAUAUUCAACAAGCUCAUUUCCAGGUGCAGGAAAUGCGUGAAUCUCAGGCCAGAAAAACAGCUGAACGCAAGGCCUCCUCCGCUUACCAGCUGCGAUCAACCCACCUCCGCCCCAUCUCCACCUCGUUCUUCGACCUCCACCACCAGUACAGGCCCUGGGGGGAUUAUAUUAUGCAGCAUCAGGAAUGUUUAUCGAGCUUAUCGAAGUUCCAGCUCAACAUCCACGGCCGGUUCCUGAGCACCAAAGGACUUUAA